AUGAACGACCACGCAUACAAGUCAACAAUCUUGCUGCUGCUGGGCAUUGCAACGCUCUCCGCAGCUGAAAACAACAUAGCAGCAACAACGAAGCAGACUCCAGGGCAGUUAGAGACUUCCGUUGGACGUAUUGUGGGCGGCUACGAGGCGCAAAUAUCACAGUUUCCCUAUCAAGUGUCCAUCCAGCAGGAAGGUGUCCACCGCUGCGGUGGCGCCAUUUAUAGCCCAACGAUUAUAGUGAGCGCUGCACACUGCUUCGAGUUAUGGGAUAUGCCGGAGUUGUUUGCCGUGCGCGCCGGUUCGUCGGAGCACGAGCGCGGUGGUGUAUAUUUGCCGGUACGACGCAUUUUCAUACAUCCGCAAUUUCAGCCAGCUAACGCUAUUAACGAUGACAUUGCAGUGUUGGCGUUGACAUAUUCACUACCGUUUAGCGCAAAUAUUCAGCCGAUAGCGUUGGCCUCAAACGCAGAUAUGGCAGUUGCAUACCAUACUGUAUUCUUUGCAAGCGGUUGGGGUACCGUUACAGAGGAUUCGCGCUUGAGAUCGCCACGUUUACGCUUCGUGACUGUACAGCAAUUUGAGCAGCGCUCUUGCCAGGCCGCUUACAGUAACACCGUGCGUGUAACCGAGGGAAUGUUGUGUGCCGGUGCGCUGGGUGGUGGACGUGAUAGCUGUAAGGGAGAUUCCGGUGGACCUUUGGUGGGCUAUUCACGUGGGCGAUAUGUUUUGGUGGGUGUAGUGUCGUUCGGCAUCGGUUGUGGAAGACCGGGUAUCCCCGGUAUUUAUACACGUGUGGCAGAGUACAAGGACUGGAUCGAGUUGGCGGCGAAUCAGAUUUAAAUUGGUAGUUCUUUAAGAGCGGUUAAAAUUCAAAACAAUUAAGUAUAAGAAAUGGA